CAAAGUGCGCAGCCAGUGAUAACGCGCUCAAGUGACUCAACACGCUGAGGCCAGUAUGAGCCGAUGGCCAUUUGAUUAAGGGUGAUCCUCCUGUUAUAGAGCCCUGCUUGGUUUCCAAACGUUCUAAACCAUGGUUAUGGGGAGCCGCCAGUCCGGCCACAGCACCACGGGUGCAUUAUGCGCUGCCAAGCCUUCUCAGAGUCAUUCCCUCGAUGCCAGCCAACCCCCCGACGCGGCCGGCGCUGCCGACCAGAAGGAACUUUCAGAAACGCCGGGUGCAGCUAGUAGCGGCGCUGAGGGCGAGGUUCCCGCUGAUGCCGCCGUCAGUCCAGAGGUUCCCUCGGUCGUAGUUGUAGAGCCAACCUCCAGAGGUAUAGAAGAAAUACACUUAGAACCACAAGUAUGUGAAAUCAGAGUGCAGCCGCCGACGCCGAUCAAAACGCCUUCAGAAACACCUCAGUUGGAGACGGAGACCAGUUCGGCGCCCAGCGCACCCCCGCUUCCCGACGACACAUCUCCCAGCAGCGCGUCUCCUGCCACGACGUCGGAACCGGAACCGGCGCCGACGGUUCACACAUCGAAUGCAGACAGCACCGACUCGGCGGAGAGACGCCCCUUCCGGCCGUCGGCACCGGAUCUCCCGUCGUAUGAAGAUGCUGUCAUCGCCUCGUUGACGCCCGAAGCCGGGGGCGAUUCUCGAACCCCGAAGGCCCACGGUGCGGCCCCGAAGCCGUCGGCGCUUCCGCGGGUACGAGAUGUGCGUGUGGGCGUGAACCUCGUCCGUGCAGCGGGCAAGUUGCUGACCUUCUUGGCCACCGUGGAUGCUCAUCCCGCCUUGUACAGCGGGCCUUUGGUGAAGGCAGCGCUGCGCAGGUACGAGCGCCUCUGGCUGCCUCUGGCCGCGAAAGGGGAAUGCGAGGGUGCGGCGCCCCCUCUCGACGUACACUGGGUGUGGCUGGUGCACAUGCUGGCCCCUCAGCAUUAUCACCAAGACUGUCAGGCUGUGGCCGGAACACAGGUCCACCAUCGACUCAUGACGUCCAAGGCGCUGGAUCGAGCCCGCGAGCGCGGCCGGCGCCUCUGGGAAGCCGAGUACCCGGAGGAGGCGUGGGACCUCCCUCUCGACGGAUCCUACACAGAGGAAGACGCUGUCAAGGACGCCGAGAAGGACUCCAAGAUCUCUUAUGAUCUCCGGACGGCCGUUGAGAGGCAGAGCGUAUUUUAUUACCAGGUGUCGCUCCCACAUUACCGCAACAAGGGCUUUCUGCGACGAAGCGAACGCCGUUACAGACAGUUCCUUGCGCUCAAGAAACUCCAUCCGGACAAGUUCCUCGUUCCGUGCUACGACAUGGAUGUGAUUUGGCACGCACAUCAGGUGCAUCCGGCGAUCUACAAGAGAGACACGGAGAAUCUUCUCGAACAACUGCUGCCCCAUGAUGACUCCGUGAAUGACCGCAGUCCGGGCUCGAGGCUGGUGAGCUCGGACACAGUGACUCGCGGGCUGUGGGUCCCGGCGUUCGGCUCCACCUUCUGGCGCGAGGGCUCCAUGUACCGCGGCGACCCCCCCCAGAAACACAUUUCCCCGCUGCCGCCCGAGAUGGAGAAGGAGGUGCACAGCUCGCUCUACCACUGCCAGAUCCUCAAGGUCAGAUGCAUUCGAUACAAGCAGCGAAACCAACGCCUUUGUGGUAAACCGGUGUACCGUAGUGUUGCCAUCUUUGAGAUAUUAGAUUCUUGCUUCUUGGCAGCAGUCUUCCGGUCUCUGUUUGCAGCUUCAACAAUGAAGGUGGCGGAAUUGAGCCUUUUUCAUGAACAGCAGAAGGGCGUGUCCGAACACAAUGUCACUGACCUCGGCCUCAUCUUUUCCCUCCAUGAUCAGAUGGCUGGCGACUGGCUGGUUCUGAAGAUGUCUCCGAAGAGAAGGUUCAGCAAAUUCCUCAACAUGUUCGGACACGGGAACUUCUGGUGCAUGAUGUACCUGAAUGAACUUUUCAACAUAAAGACCGAGGGAACGAUCGUCAAGGUGUUCGAAGACGGAGGAGCAGUAGUCGAGGUGACGCUGCAGGUGUUCAGAACUCUGUCCAGUUCCUACGUCCCUCUGGGCAUACUCACUGGCCCCUUCAUGCCGAUUGUGUUAAACCCCACCACUCUCCUUCAGCUGCAAGGCAUUGUCACAAGCAACUACAGUGAUGACAGUGACAUCUUUCUGGCCGAGAUGGCGACGCACCGUUUGAUCAAUGAGACAGAUCCAAAAAAGCCCCAGGUGUUGGAAAUGGAGGUGUGUCACUCUCGUCACCUUAAUAUGUCGUCUAUACAUGUUUAUGCUCAAGAUGCCUCAGGACGCAAACUGGUUUCACUGGCACACACUCUUGAUGCAAACACCCUCCCUUCGCCAGCCUCCCUCAAGUGUCAGAAUGCCAGUGUAAUGGCAAAGAAAGUUGCAAUGUGCAAUAUGAGUGAUGGUGAAAGAGCAAUGAUAAUCAAAACCGCUAAAGGAGACUGGGCCAUUGUCAUUGCCGCUUGGGAAGGUCUCAGGAGAGGCUUGCCUGGAACUUUAUCAAGGCGCGGCAUCCCUGGUAGCCCUGGACACUUGGUAUUGAGAGUCCAUUGUCCACCUUCUGCUCCAGCAACAAUUAUAUCCUUGCCUUAUGAUCAGCAACUAUAUAGUUAUAAUCUUCAAGAUCUUUAUAUUGACAUGCAAAGUGGUAUUUUUAAGGUAAAUGAAAAUACAAAUGAGUGGAUAGAGAAUGUGACAUUGGGUUUGAGUGUCACGGUAUUACACAUUCUGUGCCAACCCCGUCAAUUGCCAGAAGACACAACAGAUUCCAUUGACAGUAAAAAGAUGGUUGACCCUCUCAGGCUACCACGACGGAUACCUGUAGAAAAUCUAAAAUUACUAGUUGCUCUGGGAUUCUUCUCUGCAUCAGCUCCUACUAAUGCUUCCCGCAGAAAGAAAGUUAACGAAGAUGCAGAGGAUACAGCUACUGGAUGUGCUAUUGGCUUCAUGGCCUGUGGAGGAGGAUGUGGUUCAUGUGGAGGCUGUGGGGGCUGUGGUGGCGGAGUGUAUGCCACAUUUGGAGCACCAGAUUAUAGUGGAUGGGUAUCGAGAACUGCAGUAGAUGUAGGAGCUGAUAUGAAUGUUGGAGAGGGAGAUGGUGGAAUGGAUGCUUUUGCUUAUAUGUUCGGUAGUCUAGCAGGGGAUGCGGGUGGUGGAGGAGAUGGUGGUGGGGAUGGGGGAGGAGGAGAUGGCGGAGGUUGUGGUGGCUGUGGGGGUUGUGGGGGGUGUGGAGGGUAGAUUUAGACUGUAAUGAAAGAUAUUGUGAUAGUAGUAAGGUGCCUUUUUGUCACCAUUUUUACAGUUCUCAAUAGAUCUGCCUCCCAGCACACUCAGAUCUUAAUCUUGCAGGAAACAUAAUGUACACAGUAGUGACCUUAUAUUUCAGAACUUUGUUAUAAACCUUCAAACAAAAUUAAAUGAUGUGCCAUUAUAAUGCCAGGUAAGGUUUGACUUUUUCUUGGAUUUUUUUUUUCAUAAGUGCCAGAGUAGAUAUCUUUUGUUAAAUUUAGUUUCAUACAUUUCAUAUUCAGAUAAAAGUGCAAGUGCUGAAAUGCAGGUUAUAGCAUUUCACUGCUAUAACACUGCUAUAUUACUUAUGUAUUGUAUAUAAUGCUUAGAAAUAAAUUGCACUAAGUGCAAUUUAGAUAUCAGUGGAUAAUGAAUGUAUAUUGAUUUAUAAUGGUUACUUCAUCAAUAUUUUUAUAGGAGUAUGUGCCUGUUAAUAUUUGGGUACUUUCAGAUGAUUAUUGUUUGUGCAUGAAAAACAGUGCAAGACUGUGAUGUAAGUUAGAUUUUUUUUUACCCUUAACAAAUGAACAGUUUAGUUCAGACAAAAGAAUCACACUCUUUGGAAACACGGAAAUUCCAUAAUAUACUAGAAAAGAGAAAAAAAUAUUGGCAUGUGCAUAUAUCUUCCUGCAUAGCAAAAUCAGUAUGAACAGAUAUGAUAUUUGUAGCUAUUUUAAUUAAAAUUUUAUUUUUG